AGCCGCGCGGGCCCCCCCCCCCGCUCCAUGGCCCCGGCCGCGGCGGAGCCCAACGCCCGUUCCCCCCCGGGGAGCGGCCCCGGCCGCAGGCGCUCGGCUCGGAGGCGUCCGCAGGAGGAGCGGCCGGGCCGGACACGAUGACCGCAGAGAGCACCGAGAGCAACGGGCCCAUGCGGGAGCCGGAGCCGGUGGGCACGAGGUCCCCGGUGCCCCCGGUACCCCCUGCCCCACCGCGGCGCCGGGGGCACCGUCUGCGGCGCCGCAAGUCCCCGACGGAGGCACCGGUGAAGGGGCAGCUCCGCAUGCGGUCACCAUCGGGAGCCUUUGUCAUGGUGGGCAUCUCGGUGGUGCUGGUGGGCAUGACCAUCGCUGUGGUGGGAUACUGGCCCCACCGUGGGGCUGGGGCUGCCGGUGCCACCAACAUCACGGGGGACAUGAGGAGGGAGGUGUCGGCCGCGCGCCACGUGCCCCACAGUGAGAAGCUCAAGCUGAUCGGCCCUGUCAUCAUGGGCAUCGGGCUCUUCAUCUUCAUCUGCGCCAACACCAUGUUGUACGAGAACAGGGACAUGGAGACCCGCAGGCUCAUGCAGAAGGGGCUCUGCUCCAUGGUGACGGCUCUGCCCGAGGGCACCGGCCUCGAGGACGGGCACUGCCAGCGCGGGGACACCCGGCCCGUGCCCAAGGCCAACGCUGAGUGUGUGGAGGGCUGUUACCGUGUGGACCUCUCGGGCCAGCCCUGCCCUGGCACCGGCACCAAGUGGUCCAACUGCUAUGGCUCCAACAGGCUCCAGACCACGGCCGAGUUCCUGCAGCGCCCGGUGGCAUCUCCCGCUGCCUCCCUGCUCAGCCUCCGCUCCGGUGCCUCCACCGAGGCCAACCUGGGCUUGUCCCACCACAGAGGGGCCGAGUCCCUCCUGUGCUCGGCUGUCGGUGCCUUGGCACUGCCUGUCAUCAAGCUCAACAACUGCCUCUUGGAUGCAGCAGCACGAGGGGGCCCUGCAGAGCCCCAGCACGGAGCCCCACAGCUCUCCCAGCCUGGCAGCAGCAUCGCGCCCCAUGGCCAUGACCCUGGUGGUGGCCACAUCAUCAUCAAUGUGGAUGGAGGCGCGGAGCCGGUGGUGAUGGAGCUGGGCCCUGAUGUGCAGCUCCACAGCCCAGGGCACUCCAAGUCCCUGGACCUGGGCCAGCCUGGGGUGCUGCUGGUGGCCCCCAUCAAGGACCGUAAGAACCGGAGCUGGCCGCGGCUGGACCACGUCAGCCUGGUGGGUUACAGCAAGCUGGAGAGCACCGGAGAGUCCUCGGACCGGCUGCUGGAGCACAGCGAGCCCCGGCCCAGCUCCUGGGCUGUGGGCAUGGAGCAGGGAACACGGGUCUGACACCCCCAGCCCCUCACCUUGGUCCCCAGCACCCACCACAGACCCCAGACCAGGGGGUUCGGAGGUGCUGAUGUCAAGCAGUGCCAAGAGGGAGGUCUUGACCUGCUGCUGCUGCAGGAGGACUCGCCUGGGGUGCGAGUCUUGAUGUCUUCCCAGUGGAUGCCCUUGGCCUUACAAAACCCUUUUCCUGGUGGCUGUUCCAGAGGAGCCCUGGCUUUGAGACCCAGCCCAAACUGCAGGAUGGGGACGUUGGGUGGGUGAAGCCCCACCAGCCCCUGCAGCACUUUAUUGCACCGGAGUGGGGGGGAUGCUCUGGGGCAGGGGCUGUCCCCUUGCCCAGCCCCAACCCACUGGAAGGUUUGCUUGACCAGAGCACGUAAACCCAAUGGGGCUAUUAAAUAUUACCUUGAUGCCA